AUGGCGCAACCAACAGAGGGCCAGUCAAAGAAAGCUGCAGCUCCCAGCAAGGCUGCAGCUCCAGGCAGCUCUCCAGAGGUUUCCGCAAAAGGAUCCGAUGAUAAGGUCAAGAGCGAGAAAAAAACGAUCAAGAGUGAUCAGAAGCCCGAUACCCACACUUUGCAAGCGACUGAAAAAGGAAAUCUCCCCAAAGGGGCAAACCUUGGCACGAGAAAGGCCUCAGAGACUGCAAAAAUUGAUGCUAAGAAGCCAUCAGAAUCUGGAGGCUCUGUUAAACCUCCACUGAAGCCAUCGGGAGUUGCCGUUUCGAGUCCUAAAACCAGCAAACCUGUUGCUGUGGAUGCAAAGAAAUCUUCAGUUUCUCCUGAACCUGCAAAGGCUCAAGUCAAAGAUGUUGGUGCCAAGAAAUCUGAUGCAGUGGUGCCUGCCAAGGACAGUGCUGUCCCAGCCACAGAGCCAACAGCAAAGGACCAGGGGAAAAAGAAAAGUCUUCAAGUUUCCGAAAAGGGAUCACAACCGCCUCCUUCAGCUUCAGGAACUCAACCUGCGUCUUCUUUGGUGGCAACUGACAAAAAUCAGUCUGUGAAUGGGGCUAAUAACACUGCAACAGCCACGAAGCAGAAUGGCACAGAGCCCAAGGCGGCUACUGCUGCGAAGGAGGGAGACGUGAAAAAAGAUGUCGUUGAUGGGAAAACAUCCAGUAAGACAAGUGCAAUUAAACCCUCUGAAACUGCGGGGCAAAAGAAACCCUCUGAAGCUGUGGGGAAAAAAGAGAGUAAGGUUUCAAGUCCAUCCUCGUCCAGUGCAAAAGGUCCAACCAGUUCAGGCACGGAGAAAGCCCCAGAAAAAGCCAAGCUGCAAGCUUCCAUUCCAAGUAGUGAUCAACCUACAGCUGUGCCCAAGAAAAUGAACAAAGAAGCUGAAAAAUCUGGGAAAGGCACGGGACAACCGGCAGGAAAGCCGAAGGACGCGACACCACCGAAAAAAGUUGGGACACCUUCCGGUAACGUACCACCAACAUCCAACAAGAAAAGCGUUGAGGCAGUCACCAAGGAUAACGCACCUCCAAGCAACUUGCCCGCAUCGAAUAAGGGGCCUGCUGAGACAGUCACAACUCCUGCGCCUUCUUCCUCUGUGGCGAUGGCAUCAGGUGGGUCUAUCAAAGUUGGCGAAGCAGCUCAAGUUGAUAAAUCCAAGGAGACCAACCACAAAGCUGAAGUUGCAAAAACCAACGGCGCUGUCAAAAAAAUGAAUGUAGACAACGUUCCAACGACGCCAAACGAGGGCAAUGGGCCGAAACUGGAUGUUGCAGCAUCCUCCACGAAGGAAAAGGAGCCUGCCAAGUUGGUUGCAGGAAAAGCAACUGCGACCAAGCACAAAACAGAUACAGACAAGGCACUGAAUUUGGAAAAUGCAGCAACAGCACUCAAGGAUCAGAAAGUUGUGGAAAAAACAUCGAAUGAAGUAAAAAAGGCAGCAGCAGCAGCAACAGCAGCAAAGGAGAAGGAUGAUGCGAAAGCGGAAAAAACAACAACCACGGAAAAGGAUAAUCCUAAUCGAACGUCGGAUGGGGCAACAGCAACAAGCAAGGAUUCGAAGGAUCCUGUACAAAGCGUCGGUGUGGAAAAGUCGACUCCCAAGGAUACGGUUAAUGAUGCUGGGCAAAAAUCGGACGUUGCCAAACCUGAAAGCAAGGGGCAAGAGGAAAGUAAGCAAAACUUGAAUAUUGCAAAAGCAUCAACCAGCACGGACAUCGAUCACAAAUCGAUGGAAGCUGUGAAAGACAAAGAUUCAAGCUCGGCGAUUCAGUCCACUGGGCUGAAAACCAACAACCCUCAGCCAAAGAAGGAUUCUUCCGACACAACCUCUUCCACAGCUGGCGUGGCAACGCAAGCAUCCACAGCUGCUGCGAAAGAAGUUGAGCCCACUCCUAAACCAGCGACAACAACUUCGGCAGAGUCGAAAACUGCGGCAGAUGCUGCCAAAGUUGUGUCCUCGACAUCGUCGAAACCUGCAGCAGCAUUUCCUCCUCCAGCCUCCGCAGCAGCAGCGUCGACAGAAAAACCUUUAUCAACAACUUCAACCCAGCCGACGAAGUCGUCAUCGGAGGGCUUGCAGGAUUCUUCUCAAAACAAAACCACUGAUGCACGGUGGAUGCGCAUGUACCAACGUCUCCAAUCAUUCCAUGAGAAGUCCGGUACUACGGAAGUCCCAGAGAACGACGAAGUCAAGACCAAUCAAGCGCUUCGCCGUUGGGUUGCCUUGCAACGCAAACAGUAUCAAGACAAGGAGCUUUUUCCCGAUCGAAAGAAAUUACUCGAAGACUUGGGAUUUUCCUGGACGGCACCGAAGCCUGCUGUGAGCAAAAAGUCCAGCAAGGGCACAACACCUGCAACGAUUGUCAAGAGCACCUUCAUGGGAAUAUGUGUGUGCGUUGACGGUGGCGAAAAAGUUUGGUUCAAUCUAUUGCCCAACACAAGCCUGUCCAAAGUUAUUGAAAACAUCCCCUUUCACAAGUAUGGAAUUCUGAAAGACGAUGCUCAGUUCUUCGUGGCGGGGCGGCGGCGAAAGAACCCAAUCCAGCCAACCGAUACGCCAGCUUCGUUGGGGCUAAGCGAUGGAGAUCAGAUCGACCUUGUCGUGACUUCAUCCAAGUCCCUGUACAAGAAACCAGCUGCUCCUCGUCAACAUAAAGAAACUUCUGGUGGCAAGAGGGAUGACGCGAAAGGGAAAAGUCCAACAUUGUCCAUUUCCGUUUGCAAAAAAGGAAAGGAGGACACCCGAACUAUUUUCAAAGUCAAUCCCAGUACGCGGAUGGGAGCGAUCUUCGACAAUUUGCCAUACGCCAAGUACGGAGUCAAAGGGAAGGGUGAUGUCCAGUUCUACGUUUCUGGUGGACCCGGUCCACUCCUUCCGUCCCAAUCAGUCGAGUCGCUUGGAUUGCAACAUGGGGAUCAAAUCGACCUGGUAGUAGCAAGCUCGGGAGCGGCUGCGGCGAGUGGCUCGAAAGCAGCAACGACUCAAAAGAAGAGACCAACAAAUGCUGACAACAUCGGCCAAGAAAAAGCGAGCAGGAACGUCCGUCCACGAACGGAAGGAGCCGCAGCGCAAAAGCAAAGUAGCAAAAAUGUCGAUGGUUCUGACGACGACAGUGACGACGGAGGUGCUCCCGACAAGUCCACAGACCUGUCGUCUUCUCAAAAGAAAGUGAGUGCAAAAGAGCACAAUCGAUGGAUGACAAUGCACGGGGAGCUCAAGCAGAAUGGCGCUGAAGAAAUUCGAGAAUCGGAUAAUCGACGCUUGUAUCAGUGGGUGUUGAAGCAACGACGAAAGCUUCAAGAUGGUGAUUUGGACAAGGAUCGAAAAGAACUUCUGGACGGGCUCAGCUUCAACUGGGAGACUCGACCAAACCUAGUCGCGAAGACAAGCGAGCCAGAAGGCGACGACGAUGUUUCAGAUGAAAAGAAACACGCCAGCGCUGGCAACAAGGAUCGUGCACUCGUGAACAACGCGGUGGACACUCUCAUUUCAUCGAAGAAGGUGGCCCCACGUCACCAGAAGAUGUGGUUGGAAAAGUACGAGGAACUCAAAGAGUACAAAGAAAAAUAUGGAACUACCAUGGUUUCAAGAAAUGAAGAGCAUUCCAGUUUGCAGCAAUGGAGCUCUCGUCAACGUCGGCUUCGAUGGGAAGGUACUCUUUCAGACGACAGGAUCGAGCUCUUGGAUCAGAUCGACUUCAUUUGGGAUAGGAUGCCGCCACCUCCCGAGAAGCCAACAACACGAGGAUCGAAUGACGUUGCCGCCGACGAAAAGAUCGACGAGAGUGCAGAUGGCAAUAAUUCCGAAGACAGCAGCGAAGUAAUCAAAAAGAAGGACAAGGACCCACCGCUCAAAGCCCCUCCAAACGCCCCAAAGUCCUUGGCUCCCAUCUACCAGCAGAUGUGGAAGAAAAAGUACAGGGAACUCAAAGACUACUCAAAGCGGUUUGGGACCGCCACUAUUCCCAACAACCACCGAGAGUACAAGAACUUGUACCGAUGGUGUUGGAGGCAGAGAGGCUUCUACCAUCAGAGAACAAUGAUGCCCGAUCGACAGAAACUGCUGGAGGAUCUAGGGUUCGAGUGGGAGAUCCACGAGGACGACAAUAACAACAAAAACAAAAAGAAGGGGGACGCGAGCAACAAAAGGAAGAACGACGAGGACGACGACGACAACAACAACAAAAAGAAGGGAAGAAAGAGUAGAAAGCAAGAAGCGGUCCAGUCCGACGACGAGUCUUCCGGAGACUCAGACAAGGAAACGGACGACCAGCUACCCAUCAUAGCCUACGCCGCGGAAUACCAGAGACGAUGGAUGCACCACUACAACAGCUUGAAAGCCUUCCAGCGAAAACAUGGCCAUCAGAAUGUGAGCACAAAGCACAGCAAAGCGCUCUACUUUUGGAUGGUACGACAACGACAAGCCUUGAAGGCCAACAAAAUGUCAGGUGAUCGGAAGGAAUUUCUCGAUGAUAUUGGCUUUGAUUGGGAGUUCAGAUAUGAAAAGAAAGGAGACGGCGAGGAGGAGGAGGAAGCACCGGAUGAAGCCCAGGACGCAGAAGAAGAGGAAGAGGGCAGUGGAAGCAGCGGCGAAGACGAAUCUGAUAACUCUGACGAUGGCAGUGAAGGUGGUGAUGACACUACUGAUCGCAAGAAAGGCUACGAUGACAAGUGGUUGAGGCAGUUUAAAGACCUCAAGACUUACAAGAAGAAGCAUGGCACAGUGGAAGUCAAGUACAGUGACUUUGCGAACAGAGGUUUGUACUAUUGGGUCUGGAGACACAGAAAGCUCUACCGACUUGGGGAGCUUCCCAAGAAUCGCAUCAAGAUAUUGGAUUCCAUUGGGUUUGAAUGGACCAAAGAUGGUGGCGACGAGAACACUACCAAAGCAAAGGACACCACAGCAAAGGAUACCACGACGGCAAAGGAUACUGCGGCAAAGGAUACCACUGCUGAUAAGAAAGUGGAUAAGAAGGUGGAUAAGAAGGCAGACAAGAAGUCGGAUGGUGGCGAUGUGGGAGGAGGAGAAGUUGAUAGCGAUAUCAGCAGCUCGGAGGACGAGGAGUCAUCACAGGGUAGCGAUGGCACUGGAGAACAAGCUGCAGCGUCCAAAGUAUUCCAGGACCAGUGGAUGAGCAACUAUGAUAGGCUUUGUGCCUUCAAGAAGAAGUACGGCACGACAGAAGUCACUUACAGCAAGGAGUCCUACCGAUCCCUCUACUAUUGGGUGUGGCGACAGAAGAAGUACAGCCGCGAAAGGUCUUUGCAAGCAGAUCGAAAGCAACUUCUCCGAAAGCUUGGCUUUGAUUUUGGGACUGGGAAAGGCGGCGGCGGCGGCAAACAGGAUGCUAGUAGCGACGACGAUUCCGACAACGAGAUUAUUGCCCCCACUGAGAGCCGCCGAAAGAGCAAAGGCAAAGCCAGCAGCGUCGCAGUAAACAAGAAGAGGAAGGAACCGGAGGCAGCAAAGGCCUCGAAAGCGGCAAAGAAGCGGAGUCGCAGGGUCGAACUUGAUGAGGAGGAGUCUGUGACUCAUGAAACGGUCAAAGAAGAAGAAGACAGCUUUGACGAGGCCGAAGCAGCCAGUGUACCGUUGGAGGUUGGCAAGCUGGAAGAUAUGGAGAACUACUUGGAUUCGAUCGAAUUGCAGAUCCAGGAGAAGGAAGAAGAGUUGCGAUCGUUGAGAACAACCCAGUCAAGACUUCGCUUUAUGGUGAAGAGGGCUCGUCCUCAUUUACCAAAGGGAAAAUCCAGUGGAGCAUCCGCUGCUGCGGUAGCGCCAAGCUCGGCAUCCAAGGCGGAUCAAGGCAAGCCCGCGUCCAAGCGCAGACGUAGGCUUACCGAUUGA